GUUGUUCUCUCAUUCGGUAGCAAUCUUGGUAACCAGAAACUCAACAUACAAAAAGCACUUAACCUUCUUGAAAGCCGCGGAGUAGCGAAGGUAGUUGACACUUCAUUCCUUUAUCAAACCAAACCCAUGUAUGUUAUCGAUCAACCUACGUUCCUCAACGGUGUUUGCAAAAUUUCAACAUCACUCACACCUCAUGGGCUCUUAAAAUCAAUUAAAGAAAUCGAAGAAGAUUUAGGCCGUGAUCUAGGUGGUCCAGUUAAAGGGCCACGUCCAAUAGAUUUAGAUAUUUUAGUAUUUGGUGAUCAAAAGGUUAAUGACGACGUUCUAAAUAUCCCACAUAUUGGUAUAUCUGAACGUUCAUUCGUUUUAAAACCUUUCUGUGAUGUACUACCAGAUUUCAUUCCGCCUGGUCAUCUUCUCACAUCCACCGAGGCGCUACAGCGUCUUAACGAUGAUUCAAUAAAGAUGGCUUUAGCAGUCGGUCAAAAGCUCAUAUCGCUUCGUGAUAAGCGUUGGGUUAUGGGUAUUUUGAAUUGUACACCGGAUAGUUUCUCAGACGGAGGUUUAAAUUACACACUAGAAGAUUCUUACAAGAAUGCGGUGAAAAUGAUAGAAGAUGGCGUAGAUUUCAUUGAUGUUGGUGGGAUGUCGACACGUCCAAACGCACCAGAUGUAGAACCGGAAGUCGAAAUUGACAGAGUCGUUCCAAUUAUUGCAAAAUUACGCAAAGAAUACCCAGAAGUAAUCAUUUCAGUUGAUACGUUCAGAGCGGCAGUUGCAAAGGCAGCAGUAGAAGCAGGCGCAGAUAUUAUAAAUGACGUUAGUGGUGGUCUUGCGGAUGAAGAUAUGUUCAAAACCGUAGCCGAAUUGGGAGUACCUUAUAUAUUAAUGCAUAUGCGCGGAGACUCACGCACAAUGACGUCUUUAACUCAUUACUCAGAGGGUGUAGUUGAGGGUGUCAAACAUGAAAUGCAAGAAAGGCUCAAGAUGGCUCUAGAAAGCGGAAUUAGACGCUGGAAUAUAAUCAUUGAUCCUGGUUUGGGAUUCGCGAAAGACGUUGAUGGAAAUUUGGAUAUACUUCGUAACCUUGAUGCCUUUGGUGGUAGAUCAACAAAACAAGACAACAAGUCUAACGGUUUCCUCACUCAGGAGGCCCAUCUCGAGCUAGCCAAUAUGCCACUCCUGAUCGGACACUCUAGGAAGAAAUUUAUUGGAACUAUCACAGAUGUGGGUACAGCUAAAGAUCGUGUUGCUGGCACGGCAGCCACAACUAUGGCUGCACUCUCCGGUGGGGCUGAUAUAGUACGCGUGCAUGAUGUCAAGGAGACAAUCGACGUUACGAAAAUGGCUCAAGCUAUGUGA